GUUAAAGUUAAACAACAUAAGAAACAUACAAAGUGCAAAGAAAACUAGUGCAAUCGCUUCGUAUUUAAGAGAACUGCUAAAUAUAUUUAAGUUCGCAAAUUACGAAAAACAAACGCAGCAAAGCAGCUGAAAAACCAAUUGAUCGGAAUGUGUGUGGCUGCGGUAUUCGUGUGAGUGCGUGCGUGCGUAUGAGUGAGCGAGCGAGAACGUAGUAAAAUUUUAAUGCUAAAAAAAAACAAAUUAAAAUAAAAAUAAAGCAAAAAAAUUGAGCCUACAAAAAGAAUAAAUACGAAAUACAACUGCAAAGAGGUCGGCGGCAAACUGAAAACACGCGAAUACAAUUAGUUAUGUUUGUGUAGGUGUGCAGUGCAUAAAAAUAACUAUAACAGGAGACACAACAACAGCAACAAUUGCGGCCCGCUACUCAACGCAAACUGUAAUCUUAAUCUAAAAGUAUAUAUGAACGUAAUACGUAAAAGUGUCGGCAAAAAAAUUGAAAUUAAAAAUUCGUUUAACGAAUCGAGUGCAGAAAAUUAUGCAGUAAAUUGAACUGCAGUGGCAGCGCAAUGAUGAAGGUGCAGCGUUAGCGCAGAGCUCUUUCAAAAACAAAUUGCAACAAGAGGAGCGUUGCAGCCACGAGUGCUGUUGAAUAAGCGCUAAAAUCAAAAAUACAUACAAACAUACAUACAUAUGUAUGUAUAAAUAGCAAAAAGCUCCUCAAGCCACUGGACUCAUUAUCUAUAGCCGAACAGGAGGAAAAAGGGGAGAAUUGUAAAUUUAAGUGCGGCGUGUUGAACACGGAACCCGCAAUAGUUAACUUAAUAAUAAAUACAUCCAGCUAGGCGAACUAUAUAACAAUCGCCUCCAAAAUGGCAGCCGUUCGUGGUCAUCAGUACUUCAGCUUGCGUUGGAAUAACUACCAGAACACGAUGACCUCUGUUUUUCAGCAGCUGCGCGAGGAUCUGUCCUUCGUCGAUGUGACCUUGUCUUGCGAGCAUGGCUCCCUCAAGGCCCACAAGGUUGUCCUCUCUGCGUGCUCGACAUAUUUUCAAAAACUGCUGCUUGAGAAUCCAUGCAAACACCCGACCAUCAUACUACCCGCCGAUAUCAUAUUCACAGAUUUGAAAACAAUUAUUGACUUUGUUUAUCGCGGCGAGAUCGAUGUCACAGAAUCGGAGCUACAGGGACUGCUGCGCACCGCCGAACAGUUGAAAAUUAAAGGUCUCUGUGAGACAGCUGAGAAUGCGGAUGAUUUGAAUGACGCAGCCACUGCGACUAUAACCGUAUCAGAGAAUAUUCAGCAAACGGUUGUUGGUAAUAUUGUAAAUACAACAAUAGUACCGGGAGCGCCCUCACCCACAACUGAGCAGCAACAACAGUUACACGUGCAGCAGCAACAGCAACAACAACAACAAUUGACCAACGCUGCGCUUCUAUCACAACAGCACCUUGGAAGUAAUCAAGCGUCGGGCCAACUCCUGAGUACAGCGGCCGGCACAAGUCUGCAGGCACAACAGCAGCAGACGCAAACGCAGCCAACGUCGCAGCAAGGUGUCCGAAAAUCGCGUCUACGCAAGCGCUCCAAAUCCCCCGAUCUACAGCUGCAGGGCGGUGCAACACAACCACAGCCGGCGCAUCACCAUCAUCCGCAAACUAUACUCAUACAGGGACAGAAUCAAACGUCAAUUGUUAGCCUGCAACAGACAGCUGACGGAAACUAUAUACCCGUCUCUUCUGGCGUAGGACAGGGUGAAGAGGAAUCCGAUUGCGAUAAGCCGACAAAGAUCUGCAAGACAGAAACUUCGGUCGCCUCGCCGGCAUCCAACUCGUCCACAUCGAAUAAUGCUGGUGGCGUGACUGGCGUGACAGCAUCGGGCCAAGCUAUUGUGACACAAAUUGUAGUAGCGCGCGACGGAAAAGAUAAAAAUAUGACUAGUUUAGGCAUGGGCAUGAAUGGCGGCCUGUUGGGCGUGCCUAUGGGCUUUCUAGACUUCACACCCGAACCACCAGCACCAUCGGCCACACCAGUUAACGUAACGGAACACGUCGAUCUCUCCUGCAAUCCAAGCACGGACACUCGUGAUCUAUCAAACCCCACCGAACCCCUGGAUAUCGACAAUCACUUGGCUCAACACAUUCACCGGCUCGAUCAAUCUCCUAUGCAUUCAAUGGCGCAUCACCACACCGGCGAUGAAAGUAACUCGAAUCUCGUGCAGCACAUCAAGAGCGAGGUAAUCGAAGCUAAGCAUUUGGCCGCUGCUCAGCAACAUGCGCAUGCCCAAGCGCAGGCGCAGCAUGCGCACCACCAGGCGCAGCAGGUACACCAAAUGCACGCUCAGCAGCUGCUUGCGCAGAGUCAGGCACAGCAGCAACAGCAGCAGCAACACCACCAGCCACAAUCCUCGGUGCACUCACAGCAUGCACAACAUGCUUCGCAUGCCGAAAUAUCGGGCGGCACUGUUAUGGAGAUUGAUCCGAGCCAAAUUAAGCACGAGCCAGGCAUGAUUAUAACGCCAGAGAUUGUCAACAUGAUGUCCACAGCGCAUAUGGACAUGUAUAACUCCGAUACGAGCGAGGACUCAAUGAUGAUCGCCAACGGUUCGCCGCACGAUCAAAAUGAGCCGCAUUAUACUAAUUUGGAUCAGCAACACGUCGGCUUAGGCAGCAGCGGUGGUGCUGGUGCCGGUGCUGGUGGUGGUGGUGGUAGUGACAAAGGUCAGUUUAAUGGUCCCAAAGCUUGGACACAAGAUGAUAUGAAUUCAGCUUUAGAUGCAUUAAAGAAUCAAAACAUGAGCCUGACGAAAGCAUCUGCCAUUUAUGGCAUCCCAUCAACCACUCUAUGGCAACGAGCUCAUCGUUUGGGCAUCGAAACGCCAAAGAAGGAAGGUGGCACCAAAUCUUGGAAUGAAGAUGCAUUACAAAAUGCAUUGGAAGCACUACGCUCUGGUCAGAUAUCGGCAAAUAAAGCGUCAAAAGCCUUUGGUAUCCCAUCAUCGACAUUGUAUAAGAUUGCUCGUCGUGAAGGCAUACGUCUGGCUGCGCCGUUCAAUGCCGCUCCAACCACGUGGACACCCGAGGAUUUGGAGCGUGCAUUGGAGGCGAUACGCGCCGGUAAUACGUCUGUACAAAAAGCUAGUGCUGAAUUCGGUAUACCGACAGGAACACUUUAUGGACGCUGCAAACGUGAGGGCAUCGAAUUGUCACGUUCGAAUCCAACUCCUUGGUCUGAAGAUGCCAUGAACGAGGCAUUGAAUUCAGUGCGUGUUGGCCAAAUGUCUAUCAAUCAAGCGGCUAUACACUACAACCUGCCUUACAGCUCGCUUUAUGGGCGCUUCAAGCGCGGCAAAUACGAUGUGUCGAACCCUAGUGGCGUAUCGCUGAAUAACACAUCGGGCAACACAACUGGCAGCAUUGAGAUUAUCGAGCAUAGUCAGGAGAAUUCGUUGCAUAUGUUGCAGCAACAGUUUCCGUACAGUCCUUCGCCGCAUCCACCGACACCUCAACAUCACGGCACGCCUCAAGCGGCGUCAACGCCACAACACAUGCAGCAACAUGUUGUGCAUAUGCAACAGUCGCCGCAUCCGCAUGCCCAUCAGCAACAUAUUCAACAACAGCAACAGGAUGUGGUCACAUCAAGCAGCCAGGUGCAUGCUAGCCAACAGCAACAACAACAACAACAGCAGCAGCAGCAGCAACAACAACAACUUCAACAGAUCUAUCAGCACCAUGGAACGCCGGAGCGAAGUUGAGAAUCACUGCAGGCUGCGGCAAUGUUGGGUGGCGGCGGUGGUGGCGGCAACACGGCAACAGGAUCAACCACAGCAUUUGCAAGCAUAUCGGGCAUGGUGGGCGGCAAUGCCACCGGAAGUGGCAGCAGCAGCACCAGCAAGCGAAAAAAAUCAACUAAGCAAAAGCGUUGAGAAAACGCCACCGACGCUGUUGACACGUUCAACAGCACCACCAACGUCGUUGCCAGCAGCAGCUGCCAGACAUCGAGGCAGCAACAGCAGCUGGACAACAAACCCCCCACUCCAGGCUUGGAUAACAUCAAGUUUAGAUUUAACUCCAAGCAUUGGAAACGUAAGCUUAGACAAUUUCAUCAGCUAUUGUCAAAACAAUAAGAUUCUUAAGGUUAUAUACCAGAUUAGUGUUACCGAAAUCAAUCAAAACAGAAACAACACAAAACUGGACAUUAGUUACACAACAUCAAUGUGUAUAAAAUGUAAAUACAUAAAAAUAUGCUUUAUCUACAUCAACAUUAAAGUAGCUACAUAAAUCGAAAGUCCCUUAUUUUAGAAGUAAGCUACUUGUAAAAGAGUAAUGAAUUUUUCAUCUAGAUUUGGAAGUGAAUUAUUAUAUAGUUUAGUUGCCCAACAUAAGAAGCAUUGUUAAAAAGGAAGAUUUCAAUUUUUCGUUUUUUCGAUUUUUCGACCGUGAACAUGUAAAAACGUUAUAAUAAUUAGGCAAAACGGCGUUCUAUUAUAAUUUUGGUAUACUUCUGUAUCAGCUUUAUUUCGCUUAGUGUGAGACUGAAUGUGCAACUAGGAAACGUUAGCAAGCACAACAGGUGAGGUGAAGAACAAACAUGCGAGACACAUGAAAAAUUGCUUCUUUUUCUGUUUUGAAAGGGUUUAUGUUUAUGUAAUUAAACCCAAUUAAAAAAUAUUGUCUUUUCAAUCCACUCAUUAAAAACUAUUGACGGGCGGAAUAGUUUUGUUUUAGUUUCAUAAGAAUAAUGCGCGAAGCAAUUGAUGUUUUUUAAUGAAGUUUAGAAAAUUCAUUAGUUUACAAUUGAAGAAAAAUUAAACGUAAAAUUUAUGCAGAAAUGAAAAUCAAAUGAAAUAAUUGUAUUUUUGAUAUAAAAACAUAAAUGUAUAAAUCGAAUAAACUUGCUAAUAACUUAAACACAAAUUGAUGUCAUUUCUGAAAUGCAUUAAGAGAUCCAUUUCAAAAUCAAUAAAAUUUCAAUAAACACCAUGCAUAUAUAGAUAUGUAGGGAAAUAAAAUUGUAAACAGACACCCACAUGCAUAUAUGGUCAAGAAUGAGUUAUUUUUUAAGUUCACUGACAUUUGGUUGGAUUCAUAUUAAUAACUGUGUAUGUUAUAAAGGGAAGAUAUGCAUACCAUUAACAAACCUGACAUCAUGUAUAUUAACUAUAUAUACAUAUAUACAAAUAUUGAGUAAAGAAGUUGUAAAGUUUUGUUGCGAAGUAACAGCAGAAUAAUAAACUCGUAAAAUAGUUUUAUUUUUGCAAAGUGCAAGGCUAGGUUUGCAUAUAGUAUGACAAAAUAUAUCUCAAUAAUUGGUUAAGAGAGUAGAAAAUCUAUAAAAUAGAAUGAGCCAGCCAGAUUUUAAUAUAAAUACUGCAAAAUCUGUUAAACCAUUUACUUUUAUAUAGAGAACACUUGUAAAGAAGAAACCUGUAUAGCUUCCAUUAGUUCUAAAGUAAGGACACUGUAUAUUUUUCAAAAUUAUAUUUUGCUUCCGUUUCUGGUUUGGUAACACAAAUUGUAAAUAUAUCACAUAACUAUUAGUAUUAAGAUAUAAAUCAAGCAUUGCAGAACUUGCUCUUAAUUUAUUCUAUGCAUAAAUAAAAGCCCCAUAGAGUUAUCGUAGAACUGAAUGCAAUAUCCUUACACCUACUCUAUAUAAUUUAAUUCCUAUUAUUUGUAGAGUGCUUUAUAUUUUUGAUUUCUCUUAGAUGGGUAAUAUUGACGUAAGUUAAAUAUGCUAGAACGGCAUAGAAUCCGCAUAUGUAUGAAAAAUAUAUACAGCAGGUACAAGCGAUAAAAGAUAUCAUAAUAACUCUGUUAAAAUUGUCGCAAAAACAAUAUAAAAAAAAGGAAAACAGAAUGCAUAAGAUUUCUUCACGUAUGAAAAUGCAGAAGAAAUUCAUUAAAUUACUAUGUAAGGAUAUAAAAAAUUUAGUUUAAACCUUAACCACACAAUAUAUAUAGCACAUUUCCGAUUAUUAUAUACAUAUAAAUAACUAUAAAUAUAACUGUAAACUGAAAGGAAAAGAAAUCAUAUUAUAUAUUUAACAACCCAAAUUAUUGUAGCACGUAACACAUACGUACAUACAUAAGUAGUACAUGGCAAUUGGAGUCGCAGGCAAAUUAACCACAUUUAAUGUAAUAUUGGUCGAAAGUAAUUUUGAAAGUGAGGAACUUUAAAUAAAAAUGAUUGAAUAAUAUACAAAA